AUGCAGUCAACUACCUUGCGGCUCUCGGCCGCCGUCCUCCUAGUCGUCACAUUCAUUAGCUUCAUCUUAGCGGCCAUCACGCUCUUUGCUGGUCACGAUGCCGGCACUCUCGAAAACUACGCUGUGAUCAAGGUCAACACAUCCAUGGCCCCAAAGGCCGUGAUCGAGCUCGGCAUCAAUCAAUUAACCGGAGGCGCCAUCAGUCGUUCGACGGAGCACAAAGCGCCUCGGAGCAGCAACUGGCUCGACAAUCUUUCAUCAGAGUUGAGGGACUUUUUUGACGACAUUGAAAAGAACAUUACGAGCGCAAUCACCCAUGGAGUUGAGAAUUUUGUCGACGAGGCCGCCGCCGAAGCCAAGAGCCGUUUCAACGUUUCCGACUGGUACUCGCUGCAUGUCCUGAGCACCUGCCAAGGCAACUACACGCCGAAUGCAACCGUGAGCAAGCCAGGUCGUCACACAACGAGCUGCAACGGCGACGUGAGGCAUCGUUUCAACAUUGCCGAGAUACUGGACCAGCAAUUUCAGAUUGGUACCCGAAAUGUGAGCCUCGGCGACCUUGACUGGACAGACUCCAUACGAAACGAGAUCAAUGGCAUCAACGACUCGUUGUAUGCGCUCGUCAUUCUCCUGUCCAUUGCCUUUGGCCUGCUGGGCGUCGCACUCUUUUCGACCGCCGCAACCAUUGUCUGGCCAGCGAGGAAGAGCCUGGUGCUCGCGACGCUCCUUGCGACUACGCUGGCCGGCUCCAUUAUCCUCGGCGCAAGCAUCGCCGUGACAGUGCAGGGCUCAAAGUCGACGCGUGAGCUCAACAGGAGGACCGACAGGAUUGGAAUCAAGACCUCGCGCGGCGGACCGUUUCUGGCCAUCAUCUGGACGUUGAUGGCCCUCACGACAAUAGUGACAGUUGGCUGGCAGGUCCUAAAAAUUCGCUUUGUGGCAUAUUCCUUUGAUCGAUUCAGCCACCAUUUUCAGGGUUCCAGCGUGCGCGGGGACAGCACGCGUCCAGCCACCCCGAGUGACAGGCCCGUCCAGCUUGCCAGAAGCAAGCGAGAGAUUACACCAGCAGGCUCUCUCAUCAGGCAAAACUCCAAAAGAAAAACUAACGUCGCCAUGCCGUCGCGAGAUCUGGAGCACGUGCACAGCGAGUCGUCUUCGCUGCUGCAUCGCGGCCAGGAACGGGCGCAGCGCUUCUUCCACGGCUUCGUCGACUUUGCCUUUCAGGGCAACAUUUUAGAGAUUGCCUUUGGUUUAAUCGUCGCGGCUGCCUUUACAGACCUCAUAAAAUCGUUUGUCAGCGGCAUUCUGAUGCCACCCAUAUCCAUCAUCUUGCCGCUCAACAAAAACAUUGAAGAAAAGUUUGCCGUGCUGCGCGCGGGCGACAGGUCGAACUCGACGACGACGCAGUACAGCACCGUGCAGCAAGCGCUCGACGACGGCGCCGUUGUCAUGGCGUAUGGCUCGUUCAUCUACCAACUCGUUUCAUUUACCAUGGUCGGGCUGUGUCUGUACGGCGUGGCUCACAUAUACACUUUGGUCUCGCACGACCCCAUCAUCAAGUUUACAAUCAAGUGCCGAUACUGCCGGAAACGAAUCAACGAAAAGGCUCUCCGCUGUGUCAAUUGCAGCAGCUGGCAGGACGGGCGAGAGGAUACAAGUUCGUAA